UUUUUUUCUUUUCCCCUCUUUCUCUCUCUGCUUUCUCUUUCCAACAAUUUUGAAUAUAUGGGUCCUUACUAUUAAAUGUAUUGCUUUUUUUGUUUUCUAUUUUAUUUGUUUGUUUGAGCUUUGCUAGAUGAUUUUUUGUUUUUUUGAAAGAGAUCUGGGAUUUUAUGAAGUUUCCAUUUUGAAAGCCCCUAGACUGCGAUAAAAACCCAAACUUUUUAUUCUAAAUACUUUUGGUGGGUAUUUUUUUAUAGCUGUAUUUAGUAGAUCUAGUUAUGGGUUUUGAGGCAUGCAAUAUUUGCAUCUUGGAUAAAUGUGGGGAAUUAGGAACUAGUUUGGAUCUGAAAGUUUCCAUGUUUCUGUUGUGUAUCUUUAGAUUCCUAUUCUGCUGCUUUGCAAUAUUAGAUUUUGUUUCCAUAUCUGCUAUAUUUUGUUCACAAUGGAUUGAGAUCUAUGGUUUUCGUAUCUUGGAUCUGAGAAAAUGUGAAGGCUGCCAUUUCGAAAUUUAGCUCAAUGGGAGUAGCUCCAUGGACGAGGAUGCGUUGAACAUGCGUAAUUGGGGCUACUAUGAACCGUCUUUUAAAGGACAUCUUGGUCUUCAUCUAAUGGCUGAGCGGGACAAAAAGCCUUUCAUUCCUGGGCGUGACCCCAACAAUCUCAUGGUUACUACCAAUGCUUUUCACCCAAGGGACUGCAUUGUCUCUGAGGCACCUCCUAUCCGCAUGCAAUAUGUUAGGGAUACUUGGAUUAGCCAGAGAGAGAAGCUUUUCAACAUGUUGCCUCCUGUCACUGCCCCGAAUUACGACAUUCUUCCAGAAACUUCGGCUACUCAUUCCAUGCCAAUUUGGCAGCCUCCUCCUCCUCCUGAUGCUUCAACAAGAGAUGAGAGUGUGAUUGGUAGGGUCGAAGAACCACCAGCUAGUAAGGAAGGCGUUCAAUCGAAGAAAAGGCAGGUUGGGGGUGACCCUAAGGCUCCCAAGGCCAAAAAGCCUAGGAAGCCCAAGGAUAAUACCAAUUCUAGUGUGAAGCCAGCAAAGAAGAGUAUGGAUAUUACAAUAAACGGGUAUGACAUGGAUAUUUCCAGCAUUUCGAUUCCAGUUUGCUCGUGCACUGGAACCGCUCAGCAAUGUUAUCGAUGGGGCUGUGGGGGUUGGCAAUCUGCCUGUUGCACCACAAAUGUAUCAAUGUACCCUUUGCCAAUGAGCACCAAAAGGCGUGGUGCAAGGAUAGCUGGCCGGAAAAUGAGCCAGGGGGCAUUCAAGAAGGUCCUGGAGAAACUUGCUGCUGAAAAUUAUGAUUUCAGUAACCCCAUUGAUUUGAGGACUCAUUGGGCUAGACACGGCACCAACAAGUUUGUCAUUAUCAGGUAGGUUUAAAUUGGAUAGUGGGAGUCCAUUGCAUAUGGUCUGCUUCACCUGUAUAUAUCUGGAUCAAUGCCUCGUGGGUCAUGAUAAUGUUUUAAAAAAUCAAACCGGUUUAGAUUUUCAUUUAUGCCUGAAGGACAUCCGUUUAUUCUGUUCAUCCACAUUAAGUAGUGGAUGAGCUUUCCAUUUGUUGGGUAAUCUCGGCUAAUGUUAUUGAAGAAUGAUGCGGUUGAAUGAUGCA